UUAUCCACACACACACACACACACUUGACACUUGCCAUGGCGCUUCUGCAAUCCUCAGCUUCUUCAUUUCUCUCUCAUUUUCCGGCGGUUAACUCCGUACGGUUAUCUCCGCCGUGCGGAAACCGAUACGUCGGUUUAUCGGUGAAAGCGGAAGCUGCGGCAGGUAUAGUAUUGGUUGAUAAAUCGGAGGCGGAUAAGGUUAACCGUCUCAAAACAUCUUACCAGGAAAAAAUUGUUCCGCUGCUUAAAGAGGAAUUUAAUUACACCAAUGUCCAUCAGGUGCCAAAGGUUGACAAAAUUGUCGUGAAUUGUGGUAUUGGAGACGCUGCCCAGAAUAAUAAAGGUCUUGAAGCAGCAAUAAAUGACAUGGCACUCAUCACAGGACAAAGGCCUGUAAAAACGAAAGCAAAGAAUCCCAUUGCAACUUUUAAGAUCAGAGAAAAUCAAACACUUGGAAUUGCUGUCACCCUAAGGGGCAAUGUGAUGUAUGCAUUUCUUGACCGGUUUAUUAACUUGGGUCUUCCUAGAACUCGUGAUUUUCAAGGUGUAAGCCCUAACAGCUUUGACGGACACGGUAACUACAGUGUUGGACUAAAAGAACAAAGUGUGUUUCCUGAGCUUAGUUAUGAUGCCCUCGGGAAACCCAGGGGAAUGGAUGUUUGUAUAUCAACAACAGCUCAAACAGACAAAGAAGCGUAUAAACUUCUAGCAUUAAUGGGAAUGCCAUUCCGUGAGGGUUCUGGGCCUACACAAGUAGUCAAGAAGAAGAAGUUGAAAUCUCAUCAUUUCAACACCAAGACCAAGGCAAAAUCACGAAGAUGAUUGUCUGAUGUGGUAACUACCUUUACUGGCUGUAUAAUUUGCUUUUGUUGUGAUUUUCAUGCAUUGCUAUCCCAUACUUCUUUUUUGAUUAAUUUUCACCGGGGGGGUCGUAGUUAAA